AUGAUUAAGUUAAUUGUUGGUGGGUACACCUGGACCCGUGAAGACGGCAGCCGUUUGCCCCCCAAUGCUCAAAUCCACAACAAUGAAUUGUACAUCUAUAAUGUGCACAAACAAGAUGAGGGUCGUUAUGUCUGUGAACUCAUAGCCAAUGGUGUCAGAUCUAAACCCUCUUAUGCUGAACUCUAUGUCAAGCGUGAGUAUCAAGCUAAAAUGGACAAACUUCAUCUUGCCGAUGUUCAGGCUAGUGAUGCCGGCACCUACAUCUGUACUGCCACUGCCGCCGAUGGUCAAUCGGUUGACUACCCCACCAUCUUAGUGGUGACCGGAGCCAUUCCUCAAUUCCAUCAAGAUCCCAUCAGUUACAUGUCUUUCCCUACUUUGCGUGAUUCCUACAUUAAAUUUAACUUUGACAUAACCUUCCGCCCUGAAAAACCCAAUGGUUUGAUCUUGUUCAAUGGUCAAAAGAAGGGUAAUGGUGAUUAUAUUUCUUUGAGCUUAAAUGAACGUUAUCCCGAAUUCCGUUUCGAUUUUGAUGGCAAAUCGAUGGUGAUUAUUGCCGAACAACCGGUGGAACUUAAUGAAUGGCAUACCGUUAGAGUGAAUCGUUUCCGUCGUGAUGGUUAUAUGCAAGUCGAUGAUCAACAUCCCGUAGCCUUCCCCACCUUAUCGCCUUCGAGUUCUUUAGAUUUGGUAGAUGAUUUGUAUUUGGGCGGUGUACCCAGUUGGGAUAUAUUGCCACGAGAUGCUGUAGAUCAACCUGUAGGCUUUAUCGGUUGCAUUAGCCGUUUAACUUUGCAGGGUUCGAUUAUUGAAUUGAUGAAGGAGGCUAAGGUUAAGGAUGGCAUUACUGCCUGUCAACCAUGCCGUGAUAGUCCUUGCAAUAAUGGCGGUAUUUGUUUGGAAAGUCAAACUGAAAUGGCUUAUACCUGUAUCUGCCAACAAGGUUGGACCGGACGUAAUUGUGCGAUAAAGGGUACACAGUGUACUCCCGGAAUUUGCGGUACCGGACGUUGUGAAAACACCGACAUGGGUAUGGAGUGUUUGUGUCCUUUGAAUAAGACCGGUGAUAGAUGUCAAUAUAUCGAACAUUUAAAUGAGAAUAGUUUGGCUUUUAAGAAGAACAGUUUUGCGGCUUAUGGAACUCCAAGAGCCUCCAAAUUGAACAUUAAGUUCCAGGUAAGACCUAAUACCUUGGAAGAUGCGGUGUUAUUGUAUGCAGCCGAAAGUAAGUUACCUAGCGGAGAUUUUGUGGCGGUAGUUUUGCGCAAUAAACAUGUGGAAUUGAUCAUCAAUACCGGUGCCCGUUUGAAGCCGGUGGUAGUAAGAUCUUUGAAUCCAUUACCAGUGAAUAAAUGGACUGAAAUAGAAAUUGCCAGACGUUUUGGUGAGGGCAUUUUGAGAGUAGGCGGAGAAGCUGAACAAAAAGCCAAGGCUGCCGGAGCAGCACGUACUUUAUAUAUUAAGACUCCCAUGUAUAUAGGAGGUUACGAUCACGAAAAGAUCACUUUGAAUAGAGAUGUUAAUGUGACGCACGGUUUUGAUGGUUGUGUAUCAAAUCUUUAUGAGGGCUUGAGAGAGAUUAACUUAAUAGCCGAUAUAAGCGAUGCAGCCAAUAUACAAAAUUGUGGCGAAAUAAAUGAAAUCGAUCAAAACGAAACCUUUGCCCACGAAGAUCAAUUAACUAACGAAAAUGACUUGGGUGUAUUGGAUGCCUGUGCCAGUGAUCCCUGUGAGAAUGGAGGUCAUUGUAUGGUCAUAUAUGAUAUGGCGGUUUGCAGCUGUAUGGUAGGCUUCGCCGGCAAACACUGUGAAGAACACAUAACCCUACAAUUUGAUGCCAAUUUCCAUGGUAAUGGUUAUUUGGAAUUGAAUAGAUCACAAUUUGAUGAGAAUGUCGAACAGAAAUACUCCUUUGCUGCCAUGGUCUUUUCGACCAGUGAACCUAAUGGUUUGUUAUUAUGGUGGGGCCAACCAAAGGGUGAGGCCUUAAAUAAACAAGAUUAUAUGGCUUUAGCUAUAACCGAUGGUUAUGUUGAGUUCAAAUUCCGUUUGAAUGGUGAAGAAGGUGUUGUACGCAAUCCCGAUAAACGUGUCGAUGAUGGUCAACGUCAUAUUGUUUUGAUUAAACGUACCGAUAAUACUGCCAUUUUGGAAUUGGAUCAUUUAUUGUAUACUGCUGAGGCUGCACCCACCGGCAAGAAUACCAUGUCUCUGCCAGGUCAUGUCUUUAUUGGUGGCGCUCCCGAUUUGGUUUCCUUUACCGGCGGCCGUUAUACACAAUACUUUAACGGUUGCGUUAGGGUAGUGGAAGGUGAAAGUAGUGGUAUCAUAGAUCUAGGCAAAGUAGCUGUAAGCGGUAUCAAUGUUGACUCUUGUCCAGAAACUUGGAAUCCUUCUAGUUUAGUUUAUCAUGAAUUAGAUUAUAAUGAUUUUCGUUUUGAUCCCAGCAUGUUUGAUGCUUUAGAUCAACCUCCACCCGUACAUAUACUAUAUCCUAGACCAACACUCUCCAUAAUAAAUUCCUAUAGCACUAAUCGUGCUAAUUUACUAAGUUCCUUAAAUCUCCCUCUAACUUCUUUAAUUAUCAUAAGCUCAACAUUCACCUACUUACUAGAAUCGUUUCACUUAACUAGCAAAUAUUUUAAAAUUUAUUUUAAAAUCAAAUUGAAAACAUAAAAUUUUAUUUGAAAA